AUGACUUCCUACGACUUUAAAAUCUUCAAGGUCUAUAUCAAAAUCACACACUCCGGCGUCUGCGGCACAGACGAACACUACCGCACCUAUGAUAUGGCACUUGGCCACUUGGCUGUUCAGUUUGCGAACAAGCUCGGCUGUGAAGUCGUCGCGCUUAGUGGAACGGAGACGAAGAAAGAUGAGGCUUUGAAACUCGGUGCGCACCAUUUCGUAGCUACGAAAGGAGUGAGCGAUGUGAAAGUCCCAAGGAAAGUCGACCAUCUGCUGGUUACAACGAACCAGAUGCCAGACUGGGAUCAGUACAAGUCCAUUUUGGCUCCGAGGGCGAGCAUCUACCCACUCACUACCACGGAUUUCAAGACGAAGCUUGUCCUUCCUCACAUGCAGUUCAUGCUUAGCGGAUGGAUGCUUAUUGGAUGUACUACAUCACCGAAGAUUGUUUAUCAGAGGAUGUUGGACUUCGCAGGUUUACAUGGAAUCGAGCCUAUGAUUGAGCAUUUUCCUGUGACCAAAUAG